AUGCGUUUCUUUCUAGUUCUCCUUCUAAUUGUAUUGAUCUAUGUAACAUUCAUAGCCGCUGCUCAAAAUAAGACAAAUGUCAUUAAGGUCCAUCCCGGUCAAUGUCCUGUGCAUCUAAUAAGGUGCAUGAUAAAAUGUCCUAUGAUGAUAAAUGACAGUUGCAAAAACGCCAAGCCUCCAUGUUGCACAACUGAUGAACAAUGUCCAAAGAAACAAAAAUGUUGUCAACCAGCUUGUGGCUGUUGGAAAGUGUGCACUAAUGUUGCAACCUAA